GGCACUGACUGGCGGCACUGCUAGGCAUUGACUGGCGCAACUGCUGGGCACUGACUGGCACAACCACUGGGCACUGACUGGUGGCACUGACUGGCAGCACUGCUGGGCUGCACUGAUGGGCACUGGUGGGUGGCACUGGUGGGUGGGCACAGGUGGGCGCACUGCUAGGCACAGGUGGGCGCAAUGCUGGGUGGCACUGCUGGGCACCAAUCAUCAGGGCACUGAUCAUCAGUGCCCUGAUGAUCGGUGCCGAUCCCUGCUCUGACAACUGCCGGUUCUCGGCAGUACUUUCCUCACACUCUGACAGCAUGAGGAAAGUGCAGCCGAGAACCGGCAAUUGCAU